ACACAAGCCAUAAUUAGUGGCUGAUAUAAGCAUCACACCUGGCAUUUGCCGACGGACCAUUGACGGACCACAUUGACGAAAUCUCUUGCAAGUCUCUCAAACCACCACCAUGAUCAUCCCAGUGAGAUGCUUCUCGUGUGGAAAAGUCAUCGGGGACAAAUGGAACGCAUACCUCGAGUUACUAGCUAACGAUAUGAGCGAAGGUGACGCUCUCGAUGAAUUGCAGCUGAAGCGAUAUUGCUGUCGGCGAAUGGUGCUCACGCACGUUGAUCUCAUCGAAAAACUUCUGCAUUACAAUCCAAUGGAGCGCUCGAAGGACAAGAACUUUUGAUACCUUCUGUGCAGAGUGUGUUCCAUACAACUCGAACUGUUGCAGUCCUACAACAACUCGCAAAUACUACUAUGAUCUCAGUUUGAUCGCAUUUAUCUAUCAGUCGCGUCCACAGCUCAGUUGAACUGAAGCUCGACCGCAUUGAUGACUGUAGCAUGGUCCAUGAGUCGACUUCCCGUGACUACUACUACAAAUCUCUAAGUUGUCCCUUCGACUUCUUCGCGUUCCCCGGAGAACCUGGCGUUCACCCAAUGCUUAGCGCCCGAAGCCAAUACAGCAGUAUUGAAAUAUUGCCAUGAGGCUUGCGGU